CCAAAGUGCUAGGAUUAUAGAUGUGAUCCUCCACGCCCAGUCAGAAUAUUUUUAAUUAGAUUUUUUUAAUCAAAUAUAGAUUUUAACAGGGUAAAAUCCUGCUUUACAACAUUACCUAGGGACCUUUAUUAGUUCAUAGUGCUCUUUAUUCUCUGAAUAAUAUAGAUGUACCACAGUUAACCAUUCCUCUGUUGAACACUCAAAUUAUUGCUGAUUUUGUAUAAUUACCAACAGUGCUAUGUGAACAUCCUAGCACAUGCAGUGUGUCUCUGAGUGUGUAUGUUGAAUGAAUGUUUCAAGUAUCCACAAGCAGAAAUGCUAGACUAAUUUUGAUAGGCUUCAACUGCCUUUUAAAUAGCUGUAUCCAUUUAUAUUAUUACCUACAGGAUAUGACAGGAAUGGUGUCUCCCUACUUUGCCAAAAGAAGUUAUUAUAAAUCUUAAAAUUUUUGCAUUUUGAUAGUUAAAAAGUAAUAUUUCACUUAAAUGUGUAUUCUCUGACUACAAGGUUGAGCAAUUUUCAAGUUUAUUGAUAAUUUAUGUGUUACACAUAAUAUGUAAUUCAGAUAACACAUACCCGCCAGAUCACUAGCUCUGAAGAGAGCUUUAAUGACCUAAAAUACAAUGUAAUUGUUAAUAACAGAACAUGAGAAUCAGGAUUUAUCUAUGAAAUCGGACAUGACCCAUUUAUUAAGGCAGAUGACCAAGAAGCUAUUAUCUAAUAAGAAAGACUUUUUUAGUUCUAGAAACAUGGUUUAUUACACAAAAACAAUGACAGUUUAUUGGAUUUCCCCAAUGGCAAAAGUCACAGUACAAACAGUACACAAAUACCUCCUGUCAUUUUAAAUUUGACAUCUCUGCAAUAUAGAGGAAUCAUUCACUCAGCUUAAUUUGGGGCUUAUGACUUUAGUCAUCUAGACUACAGUGUGUUAUUAGGAAUAUUAGAAGCAUUCUUUGUGCUGUGCAAUAAAGCGGCCACUAGGUAAGUGUAGCUCUUUAAAUUUUUAUUAAAAUUAUUUAAAAUUAAAACUUCAAUUGCUGUGAUACACAAACAGUAUUUCAAGUGUUCAAUAGCUACAUGUGGCCAUUGGCUACCUGAUUGGAUAGCACAGAUAGAAUAUUUCCAUUGUUGCAGAAAGUUCUAUUGGACAGUGCUGUUUCAGAAGCAAGGAGGAGCAGAAAGGGAAAUGGAUUUUAGUUGGUGGAUGAUUACCUCACUACACUGAACUGAACUGAAUCUGCUCUAUACCUGCAAAGGAACAAACUCAGAAAAUAAAUUGAAGAUGGCCAUGCUGUAACUUCUAAACAUGGUUUGCUUCUCAGAUUUACCUAAACUAAGAAAGGUUUGCUUUAAGAAAUAGUGCUCCCUUCAGAAUGGAAGAAUUUAUCUGCCUCUUAUUUGAUGGGGAUCAGAGCUACAAUGGCUAACUAAAUAAACAUGGGGGACUGGAAUCUCCUUGGAGAUACUCUGGAAGAAGUUCACAUCCACUCCACCAUGAUUGGAAAGAUCUGGCUCACCAUCCUGUUCAUCUUUCGAAUGCUUGUUCUGGGUGUAGCAGCUGAAGAUGUCUGGAAUGAUGAGCAGUCUGGCUUCAUCUGCAAUACAGAACAACCAGGCUGCAGAAAUGUGUGCUACGACCAGGCCUUUCCUAUUUCCCUCAUUAGAUACUGGGUUCUGCAGGUGAUACUUGUGUCUUCACCAUCCCUGGUCUACAUGGGCCAUGCAUUGUACCGACUGAGAGUUCUAGAGAAAGAGAGGCAAAGGAUGAAAGCUCAGUUAAGAGUAGAAUUGGAGGAGGUGGAGUUUGAAAUGCCUAGGGAUCGGAGGAGACUGGAGCAAGAGCUUUGUCAGUUGGAGAAAAGGAAACUAAAUAAAGCUCCGCUCAGAGGAACCUUGCUUUGCACUUAUGUGAUACACAUUUUCACUCGCUCUGUGGUUGAGGUUGGGUUCAUGAUUGGACAGUACCUUUUAUAUGGAUUUCACUUAGAGCCUCUAUUUAAGUGCCAUGGCCACCCGUGUCCAAAUAUAAUCGAUUGUUUUGUCUCAAGACCAACAGAAAAGACAAUAUUCCUAUUAUUUAUGCAAUCUAUAGCCACCAUUUCACUUUUCUUAAACAUUCUAGAAAUUUUCCACCUAGGUUUUAAAAAGAUUAAAAGAGGGCUUUCGAGAAAAUACAAGUUGAAGAAGGAAUAUAAUGAAUUCUAUGCAAACAAAGCAAAAGAAAAUGUAGCCAAAUAUCAGAGCACGUCUGCAAAUUCACCGAAGCGACUCCCUUCUGCCCCUGAUUAUAAUCUGUUAGUGGAAAAGCAAACACACACUGCAGUGUACCCUCAUUUAAAUUCAUCUUCUGUGUUUCAGCCAAAUCCUGACAAUCACAGUGUAAAUCAUGAGAAAUGCAUUUUGGAUGAACAGGAAACUAUACUUUCUAAUGAGAUUUGCACACUUAGUACUAGCUGUAGUCAUUUUCAACACAUCAGUUCAAAUAAUAACAAAGACACUCAUAAAAUAUUUGGAAAAGAAGUUAAUGGUAACCAGUUAAGGGAAAAAAGAGAAACCAAAGGCAAAGACAGCAAAAAGAACCACCACUCUAGAGGUCACUGUUCUAUUCCAGGUGUUGCUAUGGAUGGAGAGAACUACAGGAGGCAGUCACCCCAAACAGCUUUUUCCUUGCCAGCUAACUGCGACUGGAAACCACGGUGGCUUAGGGCUACAUGGGCUUUCUCUACAGAUGAAAACUGGGGGUCACCUCCUAAAGGUAACUUCAAAGGCCAGUUCAGAGAGGGCACAGUCAGAACCCUUUCUCCUUCACAAGGAGGGUCUCAAUCAAUUGACAUUCCAAAUAUUGCCGAUUCUUUGGGAGAGCUGUCCUUUGAGCCAGGGUUGGUCAGAACCUGUAAUAAUCCUAGUGUUUGUCCUCCAAAUCACGUAGUGUCCCUAAGGAACAAUCUCAUUAGUAGGCGGGUUCCCACAGAUCUUCAGAUCUGAACAGCGGUUGGCUUUUAGACAUUUUAUAUAUUAUCAGAGAAGUAGCCUAGUGGUGGCGGGGCACAGACAAAAUAGAUAGGGGCCGCUCUAAAGACCAGCUGUUAAGAGAGACAACCGCAAACUCAUUUCAGCAAUGGAAAAACAGCUGAUUUUAGAUUGUGAAGAAACACUUCUAAAUUCAGACAUAAAGCUGCCAAAUCCGGAUUUUUUAAUGAUGUCUUUUCGAAUGUGUGUAACUGAUUUUGGGAAAAUCUUAUGUUCAGAAUUGAGGCUAAAUGGUUUGAUCAGGUUUUCUCUUUGAAGAGACCACAGCCUUAGGAAAUGGCUCUUGAUCUAUAUAAUUCCACCUUUUAGUUAUGAAUCCUUGUAUUUUUGAACACUGGGUUAAUUUUGUUUGCCCCUAGAACACAAUCACGUAGUUUCCUUCUAGAUUGGAUCCUGAUGUAUCUUGAGUAUAAUCACAUGUUGCUACCUAGUAAAUAAAAUCUUUAAAAGAUC